ACAGGACAUUUUUCAAAGUUUGUCCUAGUCUUAAAAUUGCCAAAUGUGUUCCACAUUUUCAGUUGCAGCCAAGCCUGGCAUUAGAGUGGGCAAUGACAAGUUCUUGUGUAGCAAAUCCAUGGCAACAAUGGCAAGAAUUGAGGCCACAGUAACUUCUCCAAGAACAACUAGGCCGCGCAUUGUCCCUGAAUUGUCGAUACAAGGCGUUCCUCACCAUGAUCUACAUGUGCGCGAAAUCGUGCAGAAACAAUCUCAGGCUAGCAGCUUUGCCAUUGAUGAUGCUUGUAGGAAACCACAGUUCCACCCUAUGUUCCUUGAAGAAGCGUAUGAUCGAUGCAAGAAUGUUUGUGCAGAAUAUGCAAAGACCUUUUAUUUAGGAACUUUGCUGAUGACAGAGGAUAGACAGAAAGCAAUAUGGGCUAUAUAUGUUUGGUGCAGAAGAACCGAUGAACUGGUUGACGGCCCCAACGCUGCCCAUAUGAGUACUGCUGUUCUUGAUAGGUGGGAGGAGAGACUCGAAGACAUCUUCAACGAACGCCCCUAUGACAUGCUUGAUGCUGCACUCACUGAUACAGUUUACAAGUUUCCCCUAGACAUUAAGCCUUUCAGGGACAUGAUUGAGGGUAUGAGAAUGGACACAAGGAAAAGCCGGUACGCGAGUUUUGAAGAGCUCUACCUCUACUGCUACUAUGUGGCUGGAACAGUGGGACUGAUGAGCGUUCCUGUAAUGGGGAUUGCACCAGAUUCUUCGGUUUCUGCUCAGCGUGUAUACAAUGCAGCUCUCUAUUUGGGCAUUGCCAAUCAAUUGACAAACAUUCUUAGAGACGUAGGAGAAGAUGCCUUAAGAGGGAGAGUUUAUCUUCCUCAAGACGAGCUUGCACAGUUUGGGUUGAGCGAGGAAGAUGUUUUCUCAAGAAAAGUCAGUGAUAGAUGGAGAGAAUUCAUGAAAAAGCAGGUUUCAAGAGCAAGGUUCUACUUCAACCAGGCUGAGGAGGGAGCUUCUCAGCUUGACAAGGAUAGCCGUUGGCCGGUAAUUAAUCUUUUUUACCCCCCUAAAGUGUGGUCAUCCUUAUUGUUGUAUCGCAAGAUCUUGGAUGCAAUAGAGGAUAAUGACUAUGAUAACUUGACAAAGAGAGCUUAUGUUGGGAGGACUAAGAAGCUUCUCAUGCUACCUCUAGCAUACACCAGAGCUCUUCCACCACCAAGUUUGGCCUUUCACUAG